ACUAAAAUCAUUUUCGAAAUUUAAGUAAAAUUCUUUUUUGUACACAUACACAUAAAAUCAAAUAUAUUAUUUUGUACUUCGUAUUGAUUGUUUUCAAUAAUUUAAAGCAAUACUAGUACACUCGUAAGACUCUUAGGAGAUGUAUAUAUCUCCUUAGAAACACAGUCUGUUUGACAGAAAAAGGGGGGAUCCGAGGAUCGCUUAGAACCCGAUUUUCCCAGAUAAUGGGAGGAUCAUGAUGAUCGGUUAAGACUCCAUUUCCUUAGACAUGCAUUUCUUUAUAAAGAGUCUAAAUAAGUGUUGUAUUGUAUUGAUUUAAUCAAUACAAUUAACAAUUAAGUAACUUAUUGUACAAACAAAUAAAUUACGUUAAUAAAAUAAAAAUAACAAGUGAUGAUAAAUAAUAUGUAGCUUGUGGUCGUUCCAAACGUCUCUUGAACAAUGAUUGUAUUGAUCGUAUUAAAUAGUCGGAUACUCGGUCCUUGAUCAACAUAAUAUCGUUGAUUGUAUACAUCAACAUCCGGCCCAACCUACGAUAGCAUAACAACAACAUAAAUCAAUUAGUAUAUAAAUUAAAUAAACCAUUAUAACAACAACAAAAAUUGGGUAAAAUGAGUACUUACCACUUGAUAAUCAUCAUAGUAAAUAUUCUUGGAUAAAAUUGGCCAUUUUUUCAGAAUCCGGACUGAGAUUCAACGGUUUUUUAUUGAAAACCAAAGAAAAAGUUUUUUGAAGGCAGAUCAGACUUAGCCGCAACCAACAAAACAACAACUUCCAAGGUUUUUUUUGGGGGGGGGGGGGGGGGUGGGGGUGGGGGAGGGGUAGAGUGAGGAACUUAGAGAGAGAGGAGAAUGGGGGUUUGGUGUGCAUAAAAUGGGAGGAAGGAGUCGGUAUAUAUAGGGACGAAACCGCGUGCUCGAGGGGCGGUUUGGUCUUUUUACCCCACACAAAAACCGCGCCUCUAGCACACGGUUUACGUUUCCCAACGCGAAAACCGCGCCUUAGGGCAACGAUUUCCCGUGGGCGACGCGGAUCGCUCCGCUGGCGGGCGGUUUUGCCAUCAGAUCGCCUGCCCAUCGUGCGGUUAAAUGGGCCGCCACAUGGAGGCGCGUUUGGUCAGCUGCCCAAUGGCAAACCGCCCUUUGCUCGCACGGUUUAAUUGAGAACCGCGCCUUCGAGGUGCGGUUUAUGGAGAAGGGUGGUAUUUUUGUAUUUUUUUUUUAAACAAUGAUAGUUUUGGAUUUUUUCCAAUAUAAGGAUCACAUUAUUUAUUUCCUCCGGCCAACGGGCCCGGGUAUCAAGCUAGUUUACUAGUAAUUGGCGUGUUAUUUAGACUUUCUGAUCCCUCAUUUCACUGUCUUGACUAUUGGGCUAUAUGUGGCAACAAGUUGACUUGGCCGUUAUUUUGGCCUGCCGUUUUUCCAUCCCCUAUCAACCGUCCGAUCAUUCCCCAUCAACGCUCCAGGUCUCCCCUUCGCCCCCUCUUACUAGGGGUGUUCAAACGGAUUGGUUAUCGUGGUAACCAUAUUAACCAGUAGCAUUCUGUUAAUUUGGUUUGGUUAAUUUGGAUAAUUGGUUUGGUUUGGUUAAACAAUUUAGCUUAUUUGGUUUAGGUGGUUUGGUUUGGUUUCAACACUGCUAAUCAAUGAAACCAAUUAACCAAUUAAUGAUACACCUAAUACACAAAAUUAUUUAUAAUUCCAUGCAACCAACCAAACCAAACUUUCGUGAUUUCCUAUUUUAUUUCCAUGUGCACAACAAACCAAAGCAUUAUGGGUCAAAAUCAAAUGGGCCACCUCAAACUAAACCAAAACAUUUUGGACAACUACUAGACUUUAGGAUUACAUACAAUACCAUGAUAGCCACCUCAAACUAUGUAUAAUUUAAGUGUUUUGUACAAGAGCUUUAACUUCCUGAUGAGUGGUAUUGAAUUGUAUUUAAUAUUUAUAUGUUAAGGGUUUGUUGUAAGCUAACUAUAUUAGGGGUAGAGAUGAUGAAUGAUGUAUUAACUCGAAUGAUGAUGAUAAUCAUGAAUGGUUAGUCUUAUUAUUAUUGCUUAUAUAUAAUGAUAGUUUACGAUAGCAAUAACAUAUGGUUAUGUUUUAUUCAUUAACAUGAUAAUUGUUUUCAUAUAAUGUUAUGUUAUUUGGUUAAUCCAAUUAUCCGAUUAACCAAACCAAUUAAACUUUGGUUUUGUUAAUUUGGUUAAGACAUUUUAUUCCAUGAUUAAUAAAAUUUAGGUUUAAUUGGUUUGAUUAUUACCAUGGUAACCAUUUGAACACCCCUACCUCUUACAAAAAAUCAAAACCACACCGACAGCAUUUUUUGGGCGGGAUCAUCUAAAUCCCUAAACCCUACUCGUAGAAAGUGCCGGCGAGGAAGGAGAAUAGCGAGAUUGUCAACCGGCGAAAAUGGAGAGGAGAGACGAUUACAAGUUUCUCCCGAUCAGGGAUGCCAUCACUUGCAUAAACCAGAAAGUUAGCUUCAUCGGCGCCGUUGUCGAGUUCACUUUCCCCCGCCGCUCCAAGGGCACCGACUGGUGCUGUUCACUGAAAGUAGUCGACCAGUCACAUCCGAAGCAUGGGAUCGUGGUCAAUGUUUUCACGGCUACUGCAGAUGAUCUCCCCAAUGUUUCAGCGCUCGGCGAUAUAGUUCAGUUCCGCCGUGUCGUGAUCAAACCUCACAACGGGGAAGUUAAUGCCCUAUUCAACAAGAAAUUUUCGACUUUUGCUUUAUAUGAAGGACAAGACGGCCCUGGUUUCAAUCCUUACCAGUCUUCUGCAAGGUUUCGCAUGGGAGAACUGGAUUCAAAUUUCAUAGCUAGCCUGAGAAAAUGGCUGGUGGACUUUCACCUUGAUGAAGGGUUGGCAAAUAACUUGUCAUUCUUAAGAGAGAUCACAGAAGGUGCACGAGUUAAUAUUGUUUGUAAGGUACUCCAUAUUUACGAGUAUACAAAUAGCGAGUGGAUGGCUCUCAUUUGGGAUGGAACUGACUGUCCACCAAACAUCAUUAAUGCAAAGCUGGAAGAAGAAAAGGAUAAUCCAUUGCCUUUAAGCCCGGAGCCGUUUCCUUUGCCAAAAGAUGUAUUGUGUACAUUCCCAACCGUUGGGACAAUUUUGAGGGUAAUGAAUGACAGAGGCAGUGAGAUGCAGGCUGUCCGCUUGCUGAAUUCUGGGAAAUGGGUGAAAUUAUUCCAUCUGUCCUGUGAGGUUAGGGGAGGAUCGUGGUACGGGUUGUUAACACCUUUCACAAAGGUUCAGUACACAACUGAGAGCGACCGUUUUGUGUUAGCCUGCCAAAAGUUUCAUCAAGAUCGUUUGUCAAAUGACUUGGAGCGUAUGCCAUACUCGUCCUUCCCUUGGUGUUCGCGAAUAACAGAGGUUGACCAUGACAAUGUCCCUUUUGUUACAUUGAUGGAUAUUAUCACUUACCCUAAGGUGACAGCUAAAUUUAGAUGUAUCGCUCGGGUGGUGGCUUCACUUCCAUGGGGAGUUGAGGACUUCCGCUCUCCCCUUGGGAUUUAUAGGAUCAGGGUUACUCUUGAGGAUCCUACAGCCAGAAUUCAUGCCUUCGUGUAUGCAGAAGAUGGGGAGAAACUGUUUGGGGGUUAUCCAUCCUUGGAUAUACUGACAAGAAAGCGAGAUAAAUUGCUUGGAAUAACAGUGACUGAUAAUGGGAAGAAGAUUGAAUCCCCAAGAAAUCCACCAUGGAUACAGCUCUGCCUCAAAUCUUAUUACCUGGAUAAAAGUGAUGCUUGGAGAAGUAGACAAUAUAGGAUAUUUGGCACCAAGGUCCUAAUGGAUAGCCAUUAGCAACUGUGGUUAGAGAUUGUAUAGCCUUGUUAAUACCCACAAUGCAAAUAGGUUGGGUAUAUGCCAUGUACAGUCCAUCUCAUUGUUUUUCCUCUUCAAACAUAGGUUCCCUGAGCGAGUACAUUGAAGUGACCCUUGAGUCUGUACAUUAAUGGUUUGCUGCUACAUGGUGGCUUACGCUCAAUCUUGUGCCUAAAAAAUCCUGAGCGUUGACCACCUGCCUCAGCUAUCAGAUGAGAAAACCAACAGCUGAGAUGCAUUCAACAUAUGGAGAAGAAAAGGGCUUUCAUAGU